AGCUCUUUUAGAAUUUGUCUAGCAGGUUUUCUGGCUAUUUGCCGGAAAACCCUCCCAAAUCGACUGGUUAACAAAACAGCUAUAGCCGGAUCUCGGUGGGUGAGGGAGUUUGUCCCCGCUGUGGUCCUCUAGGAAGUGCGUGUGGAUGCUCAGGGACUUCCGCCUCGUGCGGUAUAGCUUCCUCUCCGCCUCCACCGGCCCAGCAGCCGUGGUAGGAGGCUGCAGGCAGCUGGCGUCUCCGAGAAUCUCUUCCGUUUCCACUAGUCAAGUAGCCACUGGCGUCCUAUGGCGUCCGCCUCGGCCCAGCCCGCGGCCCUGAGCGCAGAGCAGGCCAAGGUGGUCCUUGCGGAGGUGAUCCAAGCGUUCUCGGCCCCAGAGAAUGCCGUGCGCAUGGACGAGGCUAGAGACAAUGCGUGCAACGAUAUGGGGAAGAUGCUGCAAUUCGUGCUGCCGGUAGCCACGCAGAUCCAGCAGGAGGUCAUUAAAGCCUACGGCUUUAGUUGCGACGGGGAAGGUGUCCUUAAGUUUGCCCGCCUAGUCAAGUCUUAUGAAGCCCAGGACCCUGAGAUCGCCAGCCUGUCCGGCAAGCUAAAGGCCCUGUUCCUGCCGCCCAUGACACUGCCACCCCACGGGCCAGCCUCCGGGAGCGGUGUGGCCGCCUCCUGAGACUGCUCUCGCCUGUGCACCCCUGCUGGGAGGAAGACCCGUGUUCCUGAGGAUAAUAAAUGUGCUUGAGACUAAA